UGCACCUGUUAGAAAUGCUCACCAACAGCGCUUUUACGCAUGGAUGAGUGAAAAUGUAAAGCCAGAAGUCAAAUCAACGUGAAUACAGAGCUGCUGCGCUACACCAACUAUACGUCGGCACGUUAGUCGAGAUGGCGUGAAACGACCUCUACACGACAACACGGGACGAUGUUGCGGCUAUCCACAGCUUGCUAUUGUGGAUAUUUUGCUAUUUUAGAACUUCAUCCAUUAAAAUCCAAUGCUGUGUUUCCGCCAGCAAUCUCGGCCUAUUUUAAAUGCAAUCGUCUAAAAUUCUGAAGUUAUUUCACCGUAAACCCGUGGGAGUAAACGUCAGCAAGAUUCUCUCUUGCGGGUAACGCUUAUAUUUGGAGCAUGCUGCAGUUAGGGGAUGGUAUUGCCUGCCUCUCGGCUGUAUUCUUUGUGGUUUUGCUGGGAACAAGGAGGCCCGUUUGGUCUAGCGGGAUCACUCUCUCUAUCUACCUCUUUCUGGCGAGCUUCCGCUUCCCUCCGCUCCCGGCCGAUCGCUCGAGGCAGGUUCUGCGGCCCGUGUCUAAACUCGCGGCCGGCGGCGUGUCGGUGGUGGCUCACCGGGCCGGUGGACACGACGCGCCAGAGAACACCAUAGCAGCUAUCAGAGCAGCCAGUGCGAAUGGAGCAACAGGAGUGGAGCUGGAUCUGGAGUUCACCGCUGACGGGAUUCCAAUCCUAAUGCAUGAUGAGACUGUGGACCGGACCACCAAUGGAUCAGGACCACUCAGCAAACUGCACUUCGCCGAAAUUGGCAAAUUGGAUGCAGCAGCCAAACAUAGACUCAGUGACCGGUUCCGAGGAGAGAAAGUUCCGACUCUGCAGGAGGCAGUGGAGGAAUGCAUUAAACACCAGCUGAUUAUCUAUUUCGAUGUCAAAAGUCACCCAGAUGAGGCAGCUGCAGCACUGAAACACCUGUACCAGAAGCACCCAGUACUGUACAACUCCAGUGUGGUCUGCUCGUUUGAGCCCAAAGUCAUCUACAGGAUGCGACAGGCUGACCCAGAGGUCGUAACGGCUCUGACACACCGGCCCUGGAGCCUGAGUCGCUUUGGCGAUGGGUCGCCACGGUUCCCAUCAUCAUGGAAACAUCAGUGGAUGCAGCUGCUGGACGUGCUUCUGGACUGGGCACACCAUCAUCUGCUGUGGAACCUGUGUGGUGUGUCUGCUUUCCUGCUACAGAAGAACUACAUCGCACCGGACACUGUGCAGUACUGGGCUGAGCGGGGGGUGGACGUCGUGGCCUGGACAGUGAACACGGCUGUGGAGAAACGAUACUACGAACAACUGCUGAACAUCAACUACAUCACAGACAGCCUGACAGAGGACUGCGAGCCUCACUACUGACUGCUGCAACGCUAAACGCAUACACACACACACACACAUACACACACAAUCCCAAAUUGCACACACAUGCAAACAACCUUUAUUUGAUGUUAUAUACAUCCACAGAAACACACACAGGACAUUUUUGAGAAAGCUAUGGCCUUAAAAUCAUAAUGCUUUUCCUCAGUACACUACACAAUACACCUUGAAUAUUUACUGAUGCCAUGUCAGUCAGUUUAGAGUAAAGAUUAUCAGUGACCAUGUAAAAGACUUGGUUAUAUAAACAUUUCACCCAUACUUACUUCCUGAUAACAGCAGAAAAUGUUUUGGGCUGAAAACAUGAUUGAAGUUACACUGAAAAAUGGAAAAAAGGAAAAAGGGUACUUUUCCAAAUAAGGUCUUUGAUAAGGUGAAAACAAUUGGGCAGGGGGGCAGCGGAAGAGCCCGCACAUGCUAUUGUUGACCUUUCCUAACAGUGCAACGGCAAAUGGGGUGUUUAUAGUCACCUGAUAGUAAUGAAGGGUAAAUAAGGGUGUUACACUAGGCGUUGGAGAAGACUAAAUAAACAUUAGUAAUUCAUAGAAACUUAAAAUGUACUCUGAUUAUCAACUCAGGAGACCAUAUGUGCAUGUCCUCAACUCCUUGAAUCUGACCUUUUCCACCUCUGUUGUCAUUGUGCAGUUUUGCUACUUAAAUCUGAAGGGCUUCCUUCUGUAAUGAAACCCUUCUGAUCAUGUGGGGCUUUUCCCAGCAGACAGGGAAGGUCACUCAUCAACACAGUUCACAACCGAAUACGCUGCAGAGUUCACCACUCAGCCCCUCAGUAUGGGUUGAAGCAUUAAAAAGCCUGCAGAUUUCUGUUUCCCCUUUAAAGCCACAUCUUAAACCCUCAGCUUCCAGGUGGUUGGCUAUCAUCUUACAAAAGGAGAUUUUAUGUCUUUUUUAAUGGAUUUUUAAGGAUAAAAAGUCGAGCACUGAUGAGUCCUACCCAGCCGCUGAUCUACCCUCUUAUAUCUUAUUUCAAAGUCUAAUCUACACACACUUUUUUCUCACCUGGAUUAGUUAUAGUGUGUUGGAGGGUAGUCCUCCAGAAGUUUGGUUGUGCAAGUUACAGACAUCUAAAAUCAGUACUGUCUCCAUUUUCAGAAUGGACCAACAGCAAUAACAAUCCCUGACUGUAAUCUGGGUGAGCUAUCAGGCUAUUUUAAUGAGCAGCUGUAACCCUGAAUUUCAAAUUGUCUUAUCUUCACACUCUUAGAGGGAUCAUUUAUGAUACGUGCUUUGCUUACGACUUCUGUUAGGUAAAAUCGUAGGGGUUCAUUUGCAAAAAUCUGGGAAAUGUGUUUGUCAUUAAGGGACCUGAGGGUUAAUAUCACAAUAUGGUCUUUUUAAAGCAACCAGGGUUUGUUUUCAUACAGUUUGAAUCCUUCAAAAAAGGAUUUAUAAACUAACAUUAAACAAUAAUGGGUCUUGAGCCUUUUGAAUGAAUCAAAAAUGGAAAAUUUUAACAAUAAAAUGUAUUGUUGAAGGA